AAUAUUAAUUUUGGUUAAAUGUGUUUCCUCUUGUCAGGUAUUGAAGAAUUGACCUCAGCACUUCGAAUGAUGCUUCGGAAUCCAACAUUUGUCGGUGGUGCCUUGGCCUGUUUCUUAGACAACACAAUUCCUGGGACUCUGGAAGAACGAGGAAUAACGACUUGGAUGCCAGAUUUAGCGGAAGAUUCAUUUAAAAAAAGCAAGCAAUUCCUGAAAGAACAAGACAAGGUGUAUGGCUUCUCGUUUCUUCCAAAGAAUAUAACCGAUUCCUGGUUGUUUGCAGUCGUCCCAUUUUUGCCGAGUGGGAGACAUCUGAAAUUGGUCGAAGAAGAAGACGAAGAAGAAGGAAUGGAGCUUGAAAAUGAUCCAGACAAUGACAAGGAUUUAACUAAAGCUUAAGUGUUGGAAUUGGUAAAUAUGUGAUAUGUAUGUGUGUGUGUAUGUAUGUAUAUAUAUAUAU